AGUCGAUUCAAAAAUGUGAAUAAGAAUCACCAUUUUAGAUAAUUUACCAAUUAUAGAAAAGCACUUUGUCCUGGUAACUUGUGCGUGCAAAAUGUGGUAUACAAAACACGCUCGUUAUACCAAAAUUUACAAACAAAUUUGUGCACUCUUCGUGGUCUUGUUUGCUUUCGGUAAAUGUGCAGAAGAAACACCGAGCAUUAUCAACGUGAACCUCGAGAACUGGUCUAAUAAGAGUUUCCGCAAUCCCCCCCCUCUUAUUAUAGCAAACGGUAGCAAUUUCAUGAAAUCUUAUAAAAAAUCUGAGUUCGGCAAAUACUACAGUCCUCUUCGAACUCAGCUACGCGCAGAAAAUGGUUUCUACUUAUUUUUAGAAAACUUGAAUGAUACAACGCUUCACCUCUAUGGCACGAAACAUCCAAACACUCCAAACUACCGUAUCGACUUUUCGAAUUCAUUAAUUAAAAAAUGCUCCAAUGAAACUGCAUGUGAGCCAUUGACUAAGUGUCAUAACGACAUUGUUCCAAGUUAUACACGAUUUAAGGACUUCGUAUUAAUUGAGAAAUGCUCCAAUGAAACUGCAUGUGAGCCAUUGAAAAAGUGUGAUAACGGCAAUGUUCCAAGUUAUACAGAAUUUAAGGACUUCAUAUUAAUUGAGAAAUGCUCCAAUGAAACUGUAUGUAAGCCCUUGAAUAAGUGUGAUAACGGCAAUGUUACAAGUUAUACAGAAUUCGUUUAUAUUGCCUGGAAAAUUAAACCUGAAGAAGUACAAAUUUUAGUACAAUAUAAAAAUCAACUUGUGCAAUGCACUGACAACGAGACAGUCCUUAAAAUAGAAAAACUUGUCAUGCACAGCAAAAACGAUGAAAACAUUUUUAUCAAAACAGGAAGUUAUUUGUAUUCAACAACUGCACAGGACAAAACGCUACUUAGUGAAAACUUCGAUUCAUCGAACAAAUCGCUUUUUUUACACAUCGCACAAUGCACUACUUGCCAAGCAGUAUUAGAAUUAGAAUGUGGCGAUUACAAAAAUAAUAUUUCUGUUUCGUUUAAUGAAACCAAAAAGAAUAUAUUGCUUCCAAGCACUAUAGGGUACUUAUGGAAAGAAGUGUCUUUAAAAGGACCAAAAUCUGAAGCUGGUUGCAAAUUGUUUAUAAUAACUACAAAAACUGAUAACGAUGAACCAUUUUGGGCUCUUUCUAGAAGUAUUUACACAUUAGAUGACGAGGAUAUUAGGGAUAAUAAUUUAGCCUCCAUUCCCAUAGCAGGGAAUAUUUUGCUUUUGUUUAGUGUCUUAAUCUGCUCAGUUCAAUAAAUGUCAUUUAUGACAUUUGCAACUGUCCAUAAUCUACUAUUUAAUUGGACUGUAAAGUAGUUUAGACUCAUCAGGAUUUAUUUCAAACAAAAAUAAUGAACAUAAAUAUCUAACA